GAACUUUCCAUGUGCAUAUGCCAUGCGCGUGUAAGCGUUUGUGGCGUGUACUGCGUGUACGCAAGUGACAAAUUGCACGACAGAUUCGGCAGCGUUCGUGCUUCCUCUUUUGCGUCAUUGGCGAUGGAAUUUGCAUUCGACGACGAUGUUUUCGACUCUCCAAGGAUCAGGGGUGGCGAGCCUGGAACUUCGUACAACGCCAAGAUCUGUGAAAGUGAGUGGUUUCUCACCGCCACUACUGACGACCACGAAGAAAAGAUGAUGCUGGAAAAGUACAAAGGAGAUUAUCAUUACGCGAGAAACGACUUUCGCAACGCGUUUGAGGUCUACGAGCGUUGCGUGGAUCUUGCGCCGAAGUCCGCUACCUCCGUGAAACGGGACUGCCUCGAAGGAAUGUCCAGGUGCUGCUUGAAACUCGGCCGAAACGACGAAGCUUUGAAGUACGCCGAUACGUUGGAAGCACUAGCGACGAACAGUGAUCACAGAGUCGCGGUGUGGAUGCUACAAUCUGAGAUAUACAGCCGCACGAAAAACGCAACUGAGGAGAGCGCAGCCCUCUGCAGGUGCCUGCUCGUUCGACCUUGGACGUCUGAUCUUUGGUACAAGCUUUCAGUGUGCUGCUUAAGCCAGCUUGAAACGCGGACAGACGUCGGUGACCUGCCUCUCAAGGCUGGGGCAUGCCUGCUGAAGGCGAGAAUGCUGUACCAAGGUGCACUGUCAGGGAAUCAGUCCUUUGCAAAAGUGCGCAACCUCAAAAUGCUUUCUGAGGUUGAACAGCUGGUCUCAAGCCUAGAACUUCCAGAAGACUUCACAACGCUGGCUCUGAAUGAGUUUGAAAAAGACAGCGAUACCGUAAAUGGGGCUGAAAGCGAUGAGGAAGCAGAGUCACUUUUGUUAUUGGGCAUGAAAGCUGCAGAUGUGAUGUCAAAGUUUGAGGAGCGUUGGCUUUCUUCGAUUCUGCAGUACAAGCCUGACAGCAAAAGUCCUGAUGAGCAGUAAGUCAUGGCAGAGCGAACGUCACCUGUACAUUAUUUACUGUGCGCUGUUGUGCCAUUACCACAAGCCCGGAUUCCGAAUCUGCAAGAUGCGGAAUCUAUCCUGCGAGCGCCAUAAUUCUCCCUUCACAAGACAAGAUGCUGCGCCUUCGUCCGGGAGAAGCCUCGGCGAAGCAGCGUGUUUAAACGUGUCCGCGUGUGGCCGACAGCCCGGCGCCGCACCUCCCUUGCCUGGAGGUCACCGCGCGCGCGAACUUUGAACCGGGUGGCCAGCGCGGUCGCUGGUUGGACCCCUCGGACGACCGUCGUGUGCUGACUUUGUAUUGGGCCGUUUGAGUGACAAUGGGCCUCGGGGAUUAUAAAAGCAGUGACACGCCGCUCGAAAACAGGAUCCGCCGACCCCACCUGGAGAGAGGGUCGCUCCCGACUGGGGUGAGAUGUGUAACGCGUUUUCGCCGGACGUCGUCGUGCGAGAACAGUCGCGUUUGUUGUGAGCACUCGGCCCCAGUGCCGACCCGUUCAUGUCCUGUAUGAUAACCUGUAUAUAAUGUAUAAAGUCCCUUUUGUUAUUCUCAUCGA